CGGGGGCCCCCGCCCCGCUCGGCCCGCCCCUGCUGCGCCACCUCUUCAUCGUCAGCUUCAUCCUGGACGGACGGCCAUGAUGUCUGCCGCCUCCUCCUCCUGCUGAAACCUCGGGAUGAAGCUCCUCUUCCUCCCGCUGGUUCGGAUUCUGUAACGGAUUUGGAACCCGCUGCACCGCCGGUUCGGUUCGGUCCGGUCCGGUUCGGUUGCGUGCAGCAGUAGACGGUUUGUUUACGUGGGAAGAGGAUGAAGAUUCGGAGAUCCAGGAGGAAGAACGAUGACAGGAAGCUCCAGUGAUGCCGAACAUCUCAUCUGUGACGCUGCGAUAUAGAAAUGGUGUAUGCUCAGUCCACAAACAGAGUUGGUGUGAAUCCCUCCUUCUACUCCCCGUUCUUCAAGAAUCAGAUGUCAUUUAACUUCUCCAAGAAAGAGAACUUCACUGUGCUGGCUGCCUUGCCCACCACUGCGCUCUACAGCCUCGAGGGUUCGACCCCCAGGCAGCCAAACGCCACCGCCGCCUCCGGCGACCUGUCCUCAGGGGAGGUCGCGAUCCUGGGCCUGGUGUUGGGCUUCCUCUGGCUGGUCUCCAUCCUGGGAAAUGCCCUCGUUUGCCUGGUCAUCCACAGGAGCCGGCGGACUCAGUCCACUACCAACUACUUUGUGAUGUCCAUGGCGUGUGCAGACCUGCUCAUGAGCCUGGGCUGGGCUCCGUUUGUCCUUCUGCAGGUGGCUGCAGGACAGUGGCCUCUAAGUGCUGCUGCCUGCAAGGUUGUUCGUUACCUGCAGCACCUGUGCCCCGGUGUCCAGGUUUAUGUCCUGCUCUCCAUCUCUGUGGACCGCUUCUACACCAUUGUCUAUCCACUCAGCUUCAAGGUGUCCAGAGAAAAGGCCAAGAAGAUGAUUCUGGCCUCAUGGUUGUUUGAUGCAGCCUUUAUUGCCCCCUGUUUCUUCUUUUAUGGCUCAACAGACAGUCAUUGUGACUUUUUCCUCCCCAGCAGUUGGGGCAGUGUCACCUACGCUGCAUUUCACCUUCUGGUUGGCUUCCUGGUCCCAGUUGGACUCAUCGUUUCCUUCUACCAGCGGGUGGUUCGCUACAUCUGGAGGAUCGGCGCUGACGGCCAUAUGGUGCGUCGGACCAUGAACAUCGUCCCACGGACUAAAGUUAAGACCAUCAAGAUGUUCCUCAUGCUGAACUCGGUUUUCUUCCUCACCUGGACGCCCUUCUACAUGGCCCAGCUGUGGCACCCUGAGGAGGCCGACGCGCCCGGCAGGCAGGAGCUGCUGUUCUUCACAACCAUCGCGUGGCUCUGCUUCAGCUCCACGGCCUCCAAACCCACCCUGUACUCCGUCUACAAUGCCAACUUCAGGCGCGGCAUGCGGGAGACCUUCUGUAUGUCGUCCAUGAAGUGCUACCGCAGCAACGCUUACACCAUCACUGCCAGCUCCCGGAUGGCCAAGAAGAACUACGUCGGUGUGGUGGAAAUCCCGGUUCAAGCUAAGAGCCUCACCAAGGACUCGGCGUACGACGCGUUUGAUCGGGAGGCGAAGGAGAAGAAGGUAGCCUGGCCCACCAACACCAACCCGCCCAACACUUUCGUUUGAGCGACUCAGCCAACGCCACGGUUACAGGGUCCCUAUUUGUCAAGUUGCACAGUAAAAAAUUACGUGCAAUAAUUUGGUUGAUUUAGCCUGAUGUAGAGGACAAAUUGUACAAGUUAAACAUUUAGAUAGCAAGCUAAAUAUUUUGCUUGCUAUCCAAAUAUUUGCUAGUUAUAUAUUUCGGAUGUAACCAAAUAUUUAGCUAAUAAAAUUACUAUCAUUUUAUUAUAGUAAAAUUCUCCCCGCUUCUAUAUUUGAUUUGGAGGUACUAUCCAGAUAAAAUGUUUAUUUUCCAACUUAAAUAUUUAGUUAGCAAGCUGAACGCCCACAUCUUGUUCUUUAUUUGAAAGCUAAAUAUUUAUUGACGUAAAUAAAUUAAACAUUGAAGUUGGAACCCUGGCAUUUAUAAAUGCAUGAAAAACUUGAAGAUAUGACUUUGAAAAACAAACUGCCACAUUUUUUUGCUUUGACAGGUAAAAUAAACCAAAUGAUUUGUGUUGGUCUUCCUGUGUGACUCCAGAUUGUUUGUUGGU